UCCUCCCUCGCCCGCAGCCGAACGUCCCCUCCCCCCAUCCGUCGGGCUUCUCGGCGGCUACUGCAGAGGAUUCAGAGCCGAGUCGCUGAGGAGGAGGAGGAUCCCGGUCCCUGCGCGCCAUCCGCCACCUUACUGGACACGGGCGAGGGAGCGAGAGCGUCGCCUCUGUACCCUCUAGAGAAGACAAGGGCAUCGCCACCUCAGCCACCGCCGUCGCCGUUUUCGCCUGCAGCGGCUCUCCGGAUCCUCAGUCUUCUGCGAUGAACCCUGUUUACAGCCCCGUGCAGCCCGGGGCUCCUUAUGGCAACGCUAAGAACAUGGCCUACACAGGUUACCCCACAGCCUACCCGGCAGCGGCUCCUGCUUACAAUCCCAGCCUGUACCCCACCAAUAGCCCCAGUUACGCUCCAGAGUUUCAGUUCCUGCAUUCAGCUUAUGGAUACCAUGAAGCAACUCUGCUGAUGAAACAGGCCUGGCCACAGAACUCGUCUUCCUGUGGCACUGAAGGCACCUUUCACCUCCCCGUGGACACCGGGACCGAGAACCGAACUUACCAAGCAUCCUCUGCGGCUUUCAGAUACACUGCGGGGACUCCAUACAAGGUCCCACCGACCCAGAGUAACACUGCUCCACCCCCCUACUCCCCAUCACCCAACCCCUAUCAGACGGCCAUGUAUCCAAUCAGAAGUGCCUACCCCCAGCAGAAUCUGUAUGCCCAGGGAGCCUACUACACACAGCCGGUGUACGCUGCCCAGCCCCAUGUCAUCCACCACACCACGGUCGUCCAGCCCAACAGCAUUCCCUCUGCCAUCUACCCAGCACCUGUCGCCGCCCCCAGGACCAACGGUGUGGCCAUGGGCAUGGUGGCCGGAACCACCAUGGCGAUGUCAGCAGGUACCCUGCUGACUGCACCCCAGCACACCGCGAUUGGGGCACACCCUGUCUCCAUGCCAACGUACAGGGCCCAAGGGACCCCAGCGUACAGCUAUGUGCCCCCGCACUGGUAAAGCCUGCAGCCCAUCCAAAUCUGGAGUCACACAUCGUAUGCAACUACUCAAGUCUUACACAGGUGCUGGAGCAGCUCCCUAGCAGCACCACCUCUAUUUGCAAGAAGAGACAACGGAAGUGCAAGGGUCACUUUAUGCAUCUUUAACGGUUUUGAUUUUGAUUUUUGUUUUUUGUAAAAGCUGCUUUUUCUGAUCUCCUGCCUCUCCCCCACUACCCCUCUUAGCCACUGCCCUUGCAGCUCUCUCCGCCCUCCUACCUGACCAGGCACAUCCUCUCUGCUCUUCUUUCCCUCCCAAGCGUCCCAUCCCCGGGGACCCCAGUCUAGGGGCAGGUAGAGAGUGGGGUUUAUUGCAGUGGUUCAGCUGAAGGCAUGAUUUCCUUUGAAGAGCAUAACAGGUGUGGCCCUCAGGUCCAGGGUGGGAACUCAGAGCAGGCCACAUCUCUGGGGGAUUGUUUCUUUGAUUUUUCUCAAGCGAGAUUAGUUUGGGACAUUACCAUGUCCUGACAUAAAUGAAAUGUCUUCUGAGAACCAUCGCAACAGACCAAGAACAAAACCACCUGAUUAGGUAGGAGUGUUCAUAGCAGCUUAAUACCCCAGGUGAGAACCUGGGAAAACCAGAUUCUUUCUAUGGGAAAACUUGGGUGGGGGGGGGUGGGGCACUGUGGGAGGGAAAUGGGGAGAGAGGUGCUUGCCUGCUGGCUUUGGUUUGCAAGGUCUCUGGCCGAAUCGUCUGGGCCUAGACCUCUGAUUUGCACAGUAAUGUAACCUGACCUGGCACUUCCUCAGAAGGUGAUUUGACCUCAGACCUGCCAAGCCGCUGCAGGGCAGUGGGAUCCCAGCCUCCCAAAGCCUUGGAAGGCCAGGUGCCCUUGUGUAACCCAGACCGUGGCCUCUGAGCCCUCAUGGACCCACUCUGCUGAGGAGCUGUCUCCUGAUUAGAGUGGGAAACGCAUUUCUCUCCCUUCCCUCUGCCCUUCCUGGUGCCAGGGCUCACCCAUCUGUCCCUGGCACUAGCAGGUAGGCCAGGCUCUUGGUUACCUUUUGCCAUUCGCGGCCAAAGUGAAGGAACCACAUUCCAGUUGGGUGCUGGUGGCUCUGAAGGGCAGGAUAGUGAAGGAAAAGCAAUAGCAAUAAACAUUUCAUAGACUCAUGGAACUGAAGGGACCUUAGCAGUCAUCUCAUCCAUUCCCCUACUUGACAGACGAGGAAGCCGAGACCCAGAGCGGAGGAAAGGACCUAACCCUAGACCUCGCAGGACAUUAGCAGGAAACGCAGCCUUCCUGCCUAGGGGCGUGGCGCCCACAGAAGUGCCCCUAGGGAUGGGUGGGCUUGGUCUUGCAAACAUUAAGUCAGCAGUGCUCACACCCGGUGGAUGCCGGGACAGUAUCAGGGCUUUUGUUUCUGCUCUUUUCCUCCAUGGACUCCAAGGCAGGGGUUGAAGACUGGGCAGAGGUCACAGGGGGGCAGAUGGCAGGAGCAGAAAUUGCAAAUGAAGAAAUAGCAUUUGGAAAUUCUGUGAAGACAUCUGGAACUAUCAUCCUGAGAGAAAAGGAGGAUGAGGAUGAGGCCCAGGAGACAUGGGAUCUCCUGGGAGACAGAAGAGGGGUCCCUGGGUCGGGAGGCCCUGCUAGUCGCGGCCGGGACCUGGUUGUCUAGCUCUGCCCCCCUGCACCCAGCACUUGGCUGGGCCAGCAGCCUCCCUAGUGGGGGCGGGAACAUUUUCUGUAUAAAAUGGGAUCGUUGAUAACAUUUGGGACUUUUAAUAACUUUUCAUUUUAAAUUCAUGCAAACUUGGACAUACCCCUCCCCCUACCUCCCACGUCUCCCUAAAGGAGAACAAAAUCAGGAACCCUUGGGCCAGGGCGUCAGAGGCUACCUGGCCGUCCCCAGGAGGGGACAGCCCUUCAGCAUCCUCAGUGCAGAGCCAGAGUUGGGGGGCCCACCUUCUUGGCCUUCUCGAGAUCUGGAACCAGUAAGGAGAAGCCCAGCUAUUCUAAACGGUCUGUUCUGGGGUGCUGAAGAGGUUUCACUUUAAAACAACCAAGUUUUCCAGUGUUAAUUCAUUUUUUGCAAAUGCUUCCUCCCGCUCUCUGGUUUUGUAAGGGUGGGUGAAGGUUGUUUUAGAUUAUGUCAUACAUGUUUGGAAAAUGCCAAAACAAUAAUGGUGAUAAUAGGAAACCUUUGCAUUUGUCAGGUGCUUCACAGAUUUCAGAGCAUUUCACAGCCUUUAAUUUACUGGCCCUGAGAGAGAGAAACAGGAUAAGUUAUCACACCCAUUUGACAAACGAGGAAACUGGUUCUAGAACGACCUUGCCCAAAGUAAGCAGAAUGCUGGUAUCCUGACAGGCUUCCCUGAAUCCUGUUGCUUCUGAUGGGGUAGAGGAGAACCACGAGAGAAGGGGAAAAAGCGGAGACCUAGGAAUAACCUUGUUACUUUGUACUUUCUAACACCUAGUACCUCGCAAAGCAAUUUCACAUCCAUCCUCUGAUUUAUUACCAUGUCCUGACACAGACAUACAAUAGAUUAUUCCUCCCAUUUGAUCCAUCAAGAAACAGACUCGGAAAAGCAAAGUGACUUGCUCAUAAGUGGCAGAAUCCCAGUGUUUCUGUUCUCUUUCCCUCCAGUCUGACUCCAUACACAGGCUGGUAGACUAAAGCAUCUAUCUAUGCCCUGCACCCUCUCUCAGCCCUAGUAUGUAAGUCAAGAUCAGAGACAGGCCCCGAGGCAUAAACAAGGCCCGGAAAAGCUGUGGCUGGAAGAGCGCAGGCCCAGCACCCCUUUUUCAGUAUGAGCUCCGGAGCCCCAGUUCAGCUGUCCUCAUCCUGUUGCUUUGAUGGAGAGCCACAAGCCUAGCCAAGCUUGGGGAGUCAUUGCAGAGGGACCGAGCCAGGAGGGCUGGGGCCGCAGUAUGCCUCUGUGGGGGCCAGCACAGCUGGCAGACUCACAGGUGUCGGGGUGCCAGAGGCACCCUCCAAAGGGCGUGGAUGGCCCAGCGGUCAAGCUGGACAGGUCAGAGUGGCAGGGCCCCGUCGUAGGAAAGCCAGCAAGGCAGCAAGGACAGGGCUGAGCCAGCACGACUGAGUGUGGUGCUGGCCUCCGCACGCAAACCCUUCUGUCACCCCAUUGCGCUGCCUCUCCCAGCACCGCAGCGUGGUGGCCAGGGUUAGGGGCAUAGUUGGCUUCAGUCACCAGCCAACCUCCUCACUUUCCCCCACUUCUAGUUGACUCCCCCUCAUUAGCUUGGGGCCUAGGAAGCUGGAGUGCCCCCAAGUGGUGAGCCUAAAAUAAUCUGCUACAUUUUGAAAAAUUAAUUUUUUUUCCCCGUGAGACCAGACAGUUGCUCCUCUCUCUCUCUCUCUCUCUCUCUCUCUCUCUCUCUCUCUCUCUCUCGAUCUCUCGAUCUCUCUCGAUCUCUCUCUCUCUCUCUCUCUCCCCCUCCCUCCCCUGGAGAUGACCCUCCUGGAGUGAUAUCCCCUUCCCUAAGUAUUGAACAAGGACACGCACACCUGUCCAGAGUAUUUUUCAGGUACAAAGUACUUUGACAUUGAUUGCCAAAAUACCCAUUUUAUAGAUGGAAAAACAGUCUCAGAAGGCUUAAGAGACUUGCCAAAAGUCACAGAGCUCAUAAGAGAAAGAACCAAGGUUUGAGCUCUUCAAAUCCUCUGCUCUUUCUGCUGGCACUGCCCCGUCCGAGUGGCAGGCUUGCAGACGGGGUGGGCUGCCCAGACCCCACGGGCGAGGACCGGGGCCUGGAGAGAGUGCACAGUCCUUACUCCUUACCCCACCUCUGAUCUGUGGCCACCCACAUUGUUCCACAUCUGACGUAUCUCCCAGAGGCUGGGGGUGCUUCUUUGGAGGCUCUUGCUUUGUGCUGAGUGGCCUUCAGAAAUGAAUCACGUAGGGCAUAAAGCAGGGCAGGCCCCUUGUUCCCCAAGUUCUGGUGUCUUUGUGCAGACAGGACGUGGCCGGUCCCCGCGAGGCACUGGCCUGGGGCCCUGCAGAUCAGAUUUCUCAGCUCUGCUCCAGGACCAGAGAGGGAGACCUAGAAGGCGUGGACCUCGGUCACAACACUGACUAAUCAUUUAGAUGUCACCCUGGCGUUUCUCCUCAAUUGCAAUUGAAAGUAUGUGGCGGCUCUGCUUUCCCAUCCUGUAUUCUACUGCGUCUCUAUAGGGUAUGUGGUCCCCAGCCACUUGCCAAACUUGGAAACCGGAGAGGGGUUAGGUCAGGCAGUGGAGUGGGCAGGCGGGAAUCCAGGCCCAACCCACCUCCGAAAGCGGAGGAAACCCAGACAGGCUAACAUCAAAUUCCAUACCUGAGCCUCUCAGAGCACAGUCCUGUCGCAUGCCAGGCUGGCUGCAGGCUUGGUCCUUUACCUGCCCAUGUUUCUCUCUCCUAGAAAACUCCUUUCUGAAAUUAGGCAUUACAUGGUUCCAGGGCCCAGCCUUCAAAAUUCACGGCAGGCCAGCUUCAACAUUCCAUAGGCAACCUUGCCUGAGCCAGACUUGGGUCCCACUCCCUCAGUUUCUUCAGUGGGUAUUUUCUAUCUUGCAUGCUGUUGAGUCCAGUCCAGUGGCCAAGUGACAAGCGCAGGAGUUAGGACUGGCUGCCACAGCCUGAAAGGGAAAUGAGCUCCUGCUCUCCUGUGGCUGCAUCUAGUCCCUGGGCUCCUUGCCACGGCAGUUUGAGGCCCUCUACCCAUUCCAGCUCCUGGUGGAGGGAUAUUUUCCUUCCUAAAGAGAACAGAGAUAACAGCUUUGCAGAUAAGUACCAGAUUUGACCAUAGGAGUCAAAUGGGUGAAAUCAUCUUUGAGCUUGACCCCAGCAAGACCAGCUCCAGGCUCCAUCCAGCCUUCCUCCUCAAGGCUGAGAAUGGGAAAGAGGGAGGCUGCCCAGAGACAAGCUUCUCCUGACCAGGGGAGGUACGACCAGGCCUCUAGCAACUUGGAGUUGUCUGUACCUUCUCAAGGCCCACGGGCCUGUCCCAUCUCCUGACUAAGGCAUCUGCAUCCCUGUUUCAUAUCACAUGACAAGAAACCUGUUCUCAUGGCAUGUAACAUCCCUGUGAGAGUGUUGUAUAUGAUUUUGUAUUUUUUAAUUCAUUUUAAUCUACAAGUUGGAAUCUAAUUUUUAAAUUU